AAUAAAUAUUUUUUAAAAGAGAGAAUGAAUAGCUACAUGGAUCAACUAAUUAUUAUAUGUAUGAUUGAGAAUGUAUUUUUUUUCUUUUUUUUUUUUUUAGCUACCACAGAAAUCUAUAGGAAAUAUUGACUUGGAAUGGACAAAAUGCUCAAUUUCACUGAUGUGAAAGAGUUUAUUCUUUUGGGACUAACCAGUCAUCGGGAAUGGCGAGUUCUUUUCUUUGUGAUUUUUCUUCUGGUCUACCUUGGCACCAUGGUGGGUAAUACGGGCAUGAUCAUGUUAAUUAGGGUGAGUCCACAGCUUAACAGUCCCAUGUACUUCUUCCUCAGUCACCUUUCAUUUGUGGAUAUCUGGUUCUCUUCCAACGUUACCCCUAAGAUGUUGGAAAACCUGUUGUCUGAGACCAAAACGAUUUCUUACGCUGGUUGUCUAGUACAAUGUUUUUUCUUCAUUGCCCUCGUCCACGUAGAGAUUUUCAUUCUUGCUGUGAUGGCCUUUGAUAGAUACGUGGCCAUUGGGAGCCCUCUGCUCUACGGAAGCAGGAUGUCAAGGACUGUCUGCAUUCGGCUGAUCUCUUUCCCUUACGUAUAUGGCUUUCUGACUAGCCUGGCGGCCACAUUAUGGACUUACGGCUUAUACUUCUGUGGGAAUAUCGAGAUCAACCACUUCUACUGUGCAGACCCACCUCUCAUUAAAAUGGCUUGUGCAGGGACUUUUGUAAAAGAAUAUACAAUGAUCAUUCUGGCAGGCAUCAACUUUACAUAGUCUCUGACUGUAAUUAUCAUCUCUUAUCUGUUCAUCCUCAUUGCCAUUCUGAGGAUGCGUUCAGCUGAAGGGAGGCGGAAAGCCUUUUCCACCUGUGGGUCCCAUCUCAUGGCUGUCAUCAUCUUUUACGGAACUUUGAUAUUCAUGUAUCUUAGGCGUCCCACUGAGGAGUCUGUGGAACAGGGGAAAAUGGUGGCUGUGUUUUAUACCACAGUAAUUCCUAUGCUUAAUCCUAUGAUCUACAGCCUCAGGAACAAGGAUGUGAAAGAAGCUAUGAGAAAAGUGCUCCACAGAACAUGGAUAACUAAAAUGAAAUAA